AUGCGCAGCGUGCUCCCCGGACAAGAACUGGAGUGGCUGACGACGACCUUGGCGCUGCUGGGCAAGUUCGGCGCGGCGUCAGCGUUCUCGCUCCUGUUCCUGUACACGGCGGAGCUGUGCCCAAGCGGAAUGCGUGUGAUGGGCGUGGGCAUGGCCUCAGCCUGCUCAAGAAUCGGCUCCGUGCUCGCACCGGUCAUCGCCGAUCUGGGCGACGACACGGCCACGCUGCCGCUCUGCAUUUUCGGGGUGUGCGGCCUGCUGGCGGGCGGCAUGACGGCCUUCCUGCCGGAGACGAGUGGACGCGACCUGCCCACCACGGUCGCCGAGGCGGCUGACUUCGGACGCGACCAGGCGUGGCUGCCGAUCCCGUGUCUGGUGGCCCGGCGACGCCGACGGCGGUCUUCCCUGACCGGUCACGACGG